AUGGUCGACGUCGAACAACAUGAAAAUGCCGCCGGGGACCCUGUGACCAGGAAAUCCUCCGAGAAUGGCACCUCGAGUCAGUCUGACAACCAAGUCGACCUCGCCCACGAAAUCGAGAAGAAGGAUUCAGUCCGCUCCGAUGGCAAGCGCGAGCUGAAGGAACAGGAUUGUUAUGAGAUUCUAGGUUACUCCUGGCCACGAUGGAAGAAAUGGACGUACCUCGCGGCCGUUGCCUUUGUGCAGGUGUCCAUGAACUUCAACACAUCCGUCUUCCCCAACGCCGUCAAACCUCUAUCGAAGGCCUUUGAGAUUGGUCAGCAGGAGGCGCGUACUGGACAGAUGAUCUAUCUUGUCCUUUACUCCUUUGGAUGCGAGCUGUGGGCUCCUUGGUCUGAGGAGUUCGGCCGCUGGCCCAUCCUCCAGCUCUCCAUGUUCCUGAUCAACAUCUGGCAAAUCCCCUGUGCGCUCGCACCUAACUGGGGAACCAUUGUUGUUUGCCGUGGUCUGGGUGGUCUUUCCACCGCCGGUGGUAGUGUGACCCUUGGUCUUAUUGCCGACAUCUACGAGCGGGAAACCCAGCAAUUCCCUCUCGCGUUCAUCGUCUUGUCCUCGUGCAUUGGUACUAGUAUUGGUGGUGUCAUUGGUGGUCCCAUUGAGCGCUUCCUCGGGUGGCAAUGGUUCUUCUGGAUCCAGCUCAUCUUCGGAGUAGUGACCCAGGCUAUCAUCUUCUUCAUGCCCGAGAGCCGUUCGACCAUCAUCAUGGACAAGGAAGCCAAGCGUCGCCGCAAGACUGGCGAAGAUCCGAACAUCUACGGACCCAACGAGCUGAAGAACCCGCGUAUCUCGCUGAAGGAGGCUGGCCGAAUCUGGGCACGACCCUUUAUCAUGCUCUUGCGCGAGCCUAUUGUGUUCUGCCUGUCGCUUCUGUCUGGUUUCUCCGACGCGCUCAUCUUCACCUUCCUGGAGAGUUUCUCGGGGGUGUAUGAAAAGGGCUGGGGCUUUGGUAUCCUGGCUCAGGCCUGGGCAUUUAUUCCUAUCAACUUGGCCUAUUUCCUCGCCUACUUCUCGUACUUCCCAUGGUUCUGGCGUGACGAACACCUUGCCAAAAAGCAUGGUGCUGACUUUGCACCUGCUGAACGGCGACUGAAGUGGCUCCUGUUCCUUGCACCCUUCGAGCCUAUUGGGCUGUUCGGUUUCGCUUGGACGUCGUUCGGGGAGGAGAGGGGCAUUCCUUGGAUCGCAUCCAUGAUCUUCUCCACGAUGGUCGGUAUCGCCAACUACGCGAUUUAUCUGUCAUCGGUUGAUUACAUGAUCGCAUCUUACGGUGUCUACUCUGCUUCCGCUUGUGGUGGUAAUGCAUUCGCUCGUGAUCUCCUCGCUGGUAUCUCAGCAAUGUACGCCACGCCAAUGUAUAACAACAUCGGCGACAAGUGGCACGCCGAGUAUGCAUCCACCGUUCUGGCGUGUCUUUCAUGUCUAGUUGUGGUUCCCAUCUAUCUCUUCUACUGGAAGGGACCCCAACUCCGCGCGAGGUCCAAGUUCGCCCAGUCUCUUGUUGCCGAACGUGCUGAAAACAAUGGCCGCCGGGUGAGCAGGCCCAAGAUUGAGCCUUAG